AUGAAGAACUCGCUGCUGUUCUUCGCGAUUCCUCUUGCAUUUCUUACGGAUUUUGCAAAUUCCGCAAUUAUUUCUACUUCUUUGGGACAAAUCGAUGGAUUCCAAGUUGGCGAGUUUCAUCUGUUCAAGAAUAUUCCGUUUGCCAAGCCUCCGCUGGGCAAAUUGAGGUUCCAGAAGCCGGAAAGAGCGGAAAAGUGGAAAGGAGUUAGGGAUGCGAAAGGUGAGGCUAUAUCUCAGCUCAUGGUAGAGAUAUCGAAAAGUUGGCAACUAAUGAAAUGUACGAAAUUUCUCGAUGAACAUUUCAUCAGUUGACAAUGUUUUUCUAUCUCUAGCGGCAACACAGAUAUAUUGCAGAAUACGGACCCGCAUGCAUGUCCAACUCAACAAUCACCUCAAGCCCUCAGAAGUGGAUCGAUGAGGAUUGUCUCCAGUUGAAUGUAUUCACUUCGAAUAAAUGCUUGGUAGGAACAAAAUUGAUUUCAAAGCAAGUUCACUAAAAGCAAAAGAUUUAGAAGUCCCAGGAUUGUGGAGUCGUGUUCUACAUUCACGGCGGAGCUCUGAACUACGAUUCGGCGGUCAUGUUCAACGACACGUACCUCCUCGGCACUUUUGUGAAUCAGGACGUGAUUCUGGUCAUUCCGGCGUUCCGUCUCGGCAUAUUUUCUCAUUUCGUCGUCGAGGAUCAAUCCAUUGCACCCAACAACUUGGCGCUUUACGGUUCGAUCCUUCACGUGCUCACUUUUACAUUGCCACCAAAUGUUCUCUUCAGACAUUCUGCUCAGUCUCGAGUUUGUCAAAGCUGACAUUCACAACUUUGGGGGCAGCAAUCGGAAAGUGACAAUAAUGGGUCAUUCGUACGGAGGCGCCAUCACCUCAAUGCUCAGUUUCAGCACCAAGAUUAAUACGGAUUUGAGGUCGGGUCUACUAUGAUCCGACUCGGUUCUGUGAAAAACCAGACUUUUUAGCCUAUUCCAACGAGCCAUCAGCAUGUCCUCGGCGCACGACGCAAAUACGUUGGCAGACCAGGUGAACCGAACUCUCACGUUCGCCCGACGAGCCAAAUGCCUCCUUCCGAAGCCGAUUGCUCGGAAAAUGAGUCAAGGACAACAGGACAAGUACAUGAUGAAGUGUCUUCAGAAUAUCGAUUCGUUCGAGUUGUUGAGGUGCGAAUAUCAGGUCCAACGUGACGUACAACGCAUUUUUAAAAUAAACUUCAAAGUGGGGCAUUCACUUUCCCAAAGUCCCGAAUUACCAAAAAAAAAUUCCGCGAUUUUUAAGAUUUUUUUCAAAAAAAGUUAAUGGCACCGAGAGAGAAGUACACGGCGAAAAGGAAGAGCUGGCCUAGAUUUUUCUAGUCCUCGGAUGGAAUUCCCCUUUCUUCCGAUUUUUUCCGUUUUCGUGCAAAUUUCUUAAAUUUUCAAUCGUUUUUUCACUGAACACACUUAUUUACAAUAUUUAAAAAAAUUUAUGUUUUUUUCUGUGUUGUGACGCCAAAAAAAGCAAAAUUCAGAGAUUCAGAAAAAAUCAGCCACUUUUUGUAAAACCGAAAAUGGGAAGUUUUGGAUUUUUCGCAUUACUUUGAAAAAUAGAACUUUCUGUAACUCGCAAACUUAAAAUAAAGACUCAGGAAAUGAUUAAGCGAUGUGUUUAGUAUUUACUUUUCAGCGCGCAAACCGAAAAUUGAGCGAAAAACCCCGAAACGCAACAAAAAAAGAUUCAGAUUAUCGAUUUUUUUGGCGUCACGGCACAGAAAAAAACAUAAUUUUUUUUAAAAAUAUUUUAUAAGUGUGUUCAGUGAAAAAACGAUUGAAAAUUUAAGAAAUUUGCACGAAAACGGAAAAAAUCGAAAGAAAGGGGAAUUCCAUCCGGGGACUAGAAAAAUCUAGGCCAGCUCUUGCUUUUCGCCGUGUACUUCUCUCGGUGCCAUUAACUUUUUUUGAAAAAAAUCUUAAAAAUAGCGGAAUUUUUUUUUGGUAAAUCGGGACUUUGGAAAAGUGAAUGCCCCACUUUGAAGUUUAUUUUAAAAAUAUGUUGGACACUCGCCUGUUACAGUAACCGGUUACAUUUCUAGAAUCCAACGUAGUCUCGAAGAAGAAGGCUACCCGGACCUGAAAGCGCUCAUCAUCCGUGAGCCGCUUUUCCAAGAAGGACCAUACAGCAAAUUUAUGGAUUACCCGAAGAAAAUACCAAUGUUGACCGGAUGCACCAGAUACGAAAUGGAUCACUCGCCCGACUUCAAACCCAUCGCCGAAGCACUUCCGUUUGCGAACCCGAAAGAAGUUGAGAUGAAGUAUCGCAAAGAUUGGAGGGAGGGGAAUUAUGGUAAGUUGGAACAAAAUCGUAUAGUACUAGUAAUAGUCGCGCCACUUCCAGACUUUGGCAACCAUUCCGACGAGACGCAAGCGAUCUUCAUUCAAACCAGAGAGCGAGUGAACAAGUUGUUGAGCAAAGGAAUUGCGACGUACCUCUACGAGUACACGUACCCGAAACACGCCCGACACACCGACGACCUCUUCUACAUAAUGGGCGUGCAUCGGUUCGAUAAGGACGAAAAUGAGAAGCAGUUGGCGAGAGUGUACGAGAAGAUUUUUAUGAAUUUUGCAAAGUUUGGCGAGCCGGGCGAGGGAUUCGAGUUGGCGAGCAUUGAGAAUUCCACGUAUUUUGAGGUGUACUGGAAUGAGACGUCUGGCGAACGUCCGCACAUGAAAGCGCACUUUGAGCAGAAUGUAUGAGAAGUUCUUCAGAGUUCCGAGUACUUUUGAUGUCCUGUUUCAGAUUAUCGACUACUGGUACAAAGACAUGGUCGAAUACGAUAGAAAUGUGACGGCGGCGAAGAAUUCGCUUCUCAAAAAGCAAGCAUCUCCUCGUGUUUACAAAGAAUCGAUCGAGUACCAGUACCCGUACAUGUACUUCUCUGUGCUCAUGAUUUCCCUGAUUUUCCUCAGCGGUUGUAUCGUCGGAAGAUGUUGUUGUGCGAAGGAGCCGUCGGAGAGAAACCUGUACAUUCGAUUGGACGGAAACGAUCACGCGUAUCAUGCUGUCAAAGAUUUCUAG